CCGGUUCCGAGCCCGCGCAGUGUGCAAAUAGCCGGCUCCAGCCUGCAAUCAUGGCUUCCCUUCCCCAGUCACUCACUGAGCAAGGAAACCUAUUCUUACCAUGGCCACCAGGCGAGCCUUGUUCCAGCUGCGCCAGAGAGGCUGCUGCAGCACAAGAGCAUGGAGUAUGAAGGCGCGCGUGCCCGCGCGGGGCUUUGCCGUGUCCAGCAGCACACGGCAGCAAACUGUCCAGACCACCUCCGUCUCGGACGGGGUGGCGCCACACAUUCUUGGAUCGCAAGCACAGAAGCUGGCCUUCGAGGACGGCAGCAGGGCCUCCUCUCCGCCAGCCUUUAGCCGGCGUAUCACGGUGGACAUCGACGGCCGGCCCGAGACGUUCGACAGCAUCUGGCUCCGAGACUCGUGCCGAUGCCCCAGGUGCAGGAAUCCGUCGUCGACGCAGAAGACGUUCCAGACGGCAGACAUACCUGCCACGAUCGAAGGCAGCGCCCAGGUGACCACGGAGCUGGAGGAUGACGAGGUGCUUCUCGUCAGCUGGAAGGACGACAUCGAAGGCUGGCCGGAGGGCCACCAGACGGCUCUGCCCCUCGACUUUCUUCGUCACGCUCUUCAGGAAGAGCGGCGCUUCAAGUCGCGUAGGCACAGCGAGACGCCGCGCACCCUGUGGGACUCCCGCACGAUGCAGCAGGACGUGCAGUUCCUCGACUACGCGUCGUACAUGCGCAACGACAAGACGCUGUACAAGGCGCUGCGGGCGCUUGACACGCACGGCCUGGUCUUCCUCAGGAACGUGCCGGACACGACCGCGACCGAUUCGGCGGCGUCGGUCAAGUCGAUCUGCGAGCGCAUCGGUCACCUGCGCACCACCUUCUACGGCCAGACUUGGGACGUUCGCUCCGUGCCGGACGCCAAAAACGUCGCCUACACGCACGUCUUCCUCGGCCUGCACAUGGACCUGUGCUACCUGGACCUGACGCCGCACUUGCAGUUCCUGCACUCGAUGCGCGCCCGCGCGCCCGGCGGCGAGAGCAUGUUCAGCGACUCGUUCCGCGCCGCUGAGCGCAUCCGCCGCGAGGCCCCGCAUCUGUUCGAGGCGCUGUGCACCUUCCCCGUCACCUUCAGCUACUACAACGACGGCCAGGCCUACCGCCAGGACCGCCCCACCGUCGAGCUGCUCGAUCCGUCCGACCUGUCGUCGCCCAUCAAGUUGCUCAACUACUCGCCGCCCUUCCAGGGCCCUUACGCGCGUGAUAUCGGCUCCGACGACGACGCCGCCAAGCUGCGCACCUUCCACGCCGCCAUGCAGCGCUUCGACGCCCUCGUCAACGCCCCGGAAAAUAUGUUCGAGUACCGCCUCGAAGAGGGAGACUGCGUCAUCUUCGACAACAGACGGGUCCUGCACGCGCGCAGGGCCUUCGACGCCGAUAGGGGGGAGCGCUGGCUGAAAGGCGCGUACGCAGACCGGGACGUGUACUCGAGCAAGUUGCACGUUUUGGAACAAAUCUACGGUAAGGCCUGACAAGCGCCGCCUCCGCUUGGCCGUAAAAGCAUCAGAGGUGCGAAGCGAAGAUGGAAACAAAGAAAGAGAAUGGUGAAAGUCAUGCCGUAUCAAAUGAAAGUCGUGGUCUAUUCCCACAUACAUGGAUGGUGUCAUGUAUCCUUUGUACGUAGUUUGUCUAGCUGCUUGGCUGCUACACAUAGAUUUAUAGUACUACAUGAGAUCUGACCGCCUCCUCAACGUGCGGUCGCAGAAGAGUCUAAGGAUCGCUUGCAUGGACGAAUGAAAAAGAAGAAAGAAAAAGAAAAAGAAAAAG